AUGUAAAAACUUUUCUUAGGAAAAACAGAAAACUAAUUUGCCAUUUAUACGUCCGGCGAUUGGUUCUCUUCGGUCACGUGAAGCCGCUCUUUUCAUGCACUUUUCCUUGCGUGUUUGAUGUGUGCAACAUGGUACUCCUAGAAAAUGAUUCGUUUCUUUGUGAAUUAACGAAAUUGUUCCAGAAGUACAGAACUACUGGUUCAGUCUACGUAACGAUGAAACGAUAUGAUGGCAAGGUCAAGCCAAAACCAAGACCAGAGAGGCUUGCAAGCAACCCUGUGCAACCCCCAGCUGAAUACAAGUGCCUUCUUCGAGCCCAUGCUGGCAACAAGAAGAUCAGUACUGUGAUAAAUGCAAAAGACGUCAACAAAUUCCAGCAGGCUUAUGUCAACCUACUCAAGGCCAACAUAGAUGGCCUAAAGAAAAAAGACAAGAAGAAAAGCACCACAAAAGCCACACAGUGAAGCUAUUUAUUGUAUAAGUUGCACAGUAAAGUCUUCUUUCUUUUUA